GUACACUUUGUUUUAGUUACAAAAACGUAAUUGUUGUGAAUAGUGAAAUUUUAUAACGAACUUGAAAUGCAUUUCCAGCAAAUAUUGUUUGUUGGUGCUAUUAUCAUCGCUUUAUUGGCCUUUUUGUGGUUUGUAUUUGUGCCGUUGUUUGGCGAUACUACACCGAAUGAGCUCAGCCCGCAAGCGGACUACGUUUUCGACUACGUAGUGGUUGGUGCAGGAACAGCUGGUUCAGUGGUAGCGUCUCUGCUCUCCAAGCACAGUCCGACAUCGUCGGUGCUGUUGAUUGAAGCGGGCGAUACAUUUGGUUUGUUAAGCAAAAUUCCUUUAUUGGCUACCUUCCAGCAGAAAGGUCUCAACGAUUGGGGAUUUUUAUCCGAGCCGCAAAGGUAUUCUUCGCGUGGACUCGAAGAACAGCGUCAAUAUUUGCCGCGUGGUAAAGGUCUUGGUGGUUCUGCUCUGCUCAAUUAUAUGUUGCAUUUUGAUGGAGAGCCGCGUGAUUUUGAAAAUUGGGCCAACCGACAUAACUUAACCGAUUGGCGUUGGAAGGACAUUCGGCCGUUUCUUACUGCGGUGCGCACACAAACCCAUUCGUUACUGGAAAUACCGCCUGAUUAUUCGAAAGUAACAGAGGCGUUUCACAAACUUAAAAAGGAGUUUUCGAAGAAAACUUGGCGAUUUCGUCGUGCCCGCUAUACGAUUAAGAAUGGACUCCGCUACAAUGUUUACCAUCAGUUUUUGCAACCUGCUCUGAAACGACGCAACCUGCAUACGCUCACCAAUGCCUAUUUGAAGCGUUUGAACCUCGAAUAUAUCGACGAUGAAAGCAAUGAGGUGCGAUCUAUUUUAGUAGGCGUGAUGGAUAAGAAAAAUCACGAAGAAUACGUUUUCAGUAUAGAUGUGCGCUGUGAGGUGAUACUUUGCGCAGGCGCGUACCAAUCGCCGCAAAUACUACUCGCUUCUGGCAUCGGCGAUGGGUAUCUCUUCGAGGAUUUAGAUGUAGCACAACAGCUCCAACUGCCAUUGGUGGGCGAAAACCUACAUGACCAUCUUAAUCUGCCACUCUUCGUCUCCAUUGACAGUGUUGGCCCGACAUUAAAUCAGCGCUCACUGCUGAAUCCUAUACAAAUUUUGAAUUACUUGAUCAAUGGCUAUGGUCAUUUGGGAAAUUUCGGUGUUUUGGGUCACAUUGACUCCAGUUAUGAGGAUAGUUUUGGCUUGACUUUCUUCGGCGUCGGCGCAGUGGACGAACGCGCUUUAAUGACGAUUUCCAACUUUAAACAGGAGUAUUUUCGUGCGCUCUUUCCGCGCUAUCACAACACCUCGCAAGAGGGCUUCGUGCUAAUAUCGACAUGCCUUCAGCCAAAAUCUCGUGGCACUGUCACUAUUGGUGUGGCCAACACGCGUUGGAAACCGAUCAUCGAUCCGAAUUAUUUGCGUGAAGCUGGCGAUAUCGAUUGUACAAUACGGGCGAUACGUGCCGCUGUUGAGGUAGUCACAUCCGAAAGCUUUGCUGCACUGCGUCCACGCAUACAUUGGCCGAAAAUUAGCGAAUGCAAGAAAUAUGGGCCGACGGAGCAGGAUUUUGUUGCAAAUAUGCCCGGUGAUCGGUAUUUGGAGUGUGUGAUAAGACACGUGGGGCUGGGCUCACAUCAUCCGGGCGGGACGUGUGUCAUGGGCACUGCCGCGAAUAAUAGUGUUGUAAAUUCUGAGUUCAAGGUGCAUGGCGUCGGAAAUCUGCGCAUAAUAGAUGCAAGUGUGCUACCGACACCCAUAUCUGGCAAUCCCAACUCGGUAAUCAUUGGCAUGGCGAUUCGUGGCGCUACGAUGGUUUUGCAGAGGGAAAAAAUUAAAAAGAAAUAAAUUAUUUCAGGAGCGAAGAAUAAUAAAAGUAAAUAAUAAUGAGAAUUAAGGGGUUAUAUGUAUACAGUUAGAAUGCCGGAAAAGCGAAUUUUCCAGAAUUUUUUCUGAGUAAACUUUUAAAUUUUUUGAUCUAAAAAUUUGUACAUUAUCUUUUAGCUGUAUUUUAAGCUUAGUAUUAGUAAAAAUAUUUAUUUGGAAGGGAGCUACAGCUGAUCUCCUGGAGCUCCUCUCUUAAAAGACGUUUUGCGUUGAUCACUAUAUCUCUGAACUGGAUCCUCUGAAAUUGAAAAACCAAACAGAUUUCGUUAAAGUAAUGUUAAAUCUAGUAAUUAAUCGAAGGAAUAAGCAAAAUCAAUUUUUUUGACGAAAUGGUUGUUUCUAAAACAAAAAAAACAAAAAAAAA